AUGUACUUCCCAGAAUUCAAGGAGGAAGAAGGGAAGAUGGUAAGGAAUCCAUUCUCUAGCACUCUAGAUAUUACUACCAUUCCCAAUGAUGUUCAGGACGAGUUGCUUGAUCUCAAAAAUUAUUCUGCUGCCAAAGAUCUCUAUGAAGAAAAAUCUCUGAAUGUAUUUUGGUACUCAAUGCAUCAGUCAUAUCCAAAAGUCAGUGUGAUUGCACUUCGACUACUCUUGCCUUUUUCAACUACCUAUUUAUGUGAGUCUGGUUUCUCCACCUUUCUACAAAUCAAGAAUAAGAGCCGGAACCGACUGCAUGUGGAUCCCAACAUGAGAUGUGCAUUGUCAGUGACACAACCUCGGAUUCGUCAACUGGAUGAAAACAAUGUCAGCCUUCCCACUGAUGUGUGGUAA